AACCCGACAUGGUGGUCAGAAGGCAGGAAGCGCUGGCAGCAGCUCGUCUCAGGAUGCAAGAGGAGUUGAACGCACAAGCAGAAAGAUACAAAGAAAGACAAAGACAGCUUGAAGAAGAGAAGCGAAGGCAGAAGAUAGCAAUGUGGGAAAGCAUGCAAGAAGGAAAAAGCUAUAAAGGAAACCUGAAACUGAAUCAGCAAGAAGCAGAAUCUGGUGCCUCCACCUCAUCAGCAGUCCCAAAAUCUAAACCAAACAAAAAGCCCUUGCGAGGAGGUGGCUAUAACCCUCUAUCUGGAGAAGGAGGUGGAACUUGUUCCUGGAGACCAGGCCGGAGAGGCCCGUCGGCAGGCGGAUGA